AUGGCCACCCAGGGGAAGGCCUCUGACGCGAGGAUUUCCCAGUAUGACCCUGACCCUGCUCUCCACUCAGAGAUGUCUGCUCUUCUGGGCGUAGAUAUAGCUCAGUUUCAAAAAGACAAUGAAGAAGAGGAGGAGAGAGACCGAGCAAAGAUGCAGAAAGGCUAUAACUCACGGAUGCGCAGCGAAGCCCAAAGGUUGAAGACCUUCGUGGCCUACAAGCCGUAUAGCUCAUGGACUCCGCAGGAGAUGGCAGCAGCUGGGUUUUACUUCACGGGGGUGAAAUCUGGGGUUCAGUGCUUCUGCUGCAGCUUGAUCCUCUUUGCCACCAAGCUCAAGCAGCUCCCCGUGGAAGACCACAAGAAGCUACAGCCCGACUGUGAGUUCCUUCUGAACAAGGAUGUCGGCAACAUUGCCAAAUACGACAUCAGGGUGAAGAACCUGGAGAGCCAGCCGACACGGGACCGAGGACAGUACCAAGAGGAGCAGGCCAGACUCGACUCCUUCAGAAACUGGCCAUUUUAUGCCCAAGGAGUAUCCUCACAUGCGCUCUCAGCUGCCGGCUUUGUCUUCACAGGUAACAGGGACACUGUGUGGUGUUUUUCCUGCGGUGGGUGUUUAGGAAACUGGGAAGAAGGCGAUGAUCCUUGGAAGGAACAUGCCAAGUGGUUCCCCAAAUGCGAAUUUCUUCAAAGUAAGAAAUCCUCAGCGGAAAUUGCCCAAUAUAUUCAAAGCUACAAGGGGUUCAUUGAUGUAACGGGAGAACAUUUUGUGAAUUCCUGGGUCAAGAGAGAAUUACCUAUGGCAUCAGCUUACUGCAAUGACAGCGUCUUUGCUCAUGAAGGACUCCGGCUGGACUCUUUUAAGAACUGGCCCCACAAUUCACCCCCGGGAGCGGCCGCUCUGGCCAAAGCGGGUCUUUUCUAUACAGGUAUACAGGACAUUGUCCAGUGUUUCUCCUGUGGGGGAUGUUUGGAGAAGUGGAAGGAAGGCGAUGACCCAUUAGAAGAUCACACCAAGUUUUUUCCCAACUGUCAGUUUCUCCAAAAUAUGAAGUCCUUUGCAGAAGCGAUGCCAGACCUUCAGAGCCAUAGCAAACUCUGUGAAUUACCGGAAAUCACAAGUGAAAGCAAUCUUGAAGAUUCAGUAGCAAUGAGUUCUACAGUGCCAGAGAUGGCCCAGAGCGAAGCCCAGUGGUUUCCAGAGGCCAAGAGCCUGAGUGAGCGACUGAGAGCAGCCUACACCAGCAGCCGCUUCUGCCACAUGUCUCUGCUCGAGAUCUCUUCGGAUAGACCCACAGCCCACUUGCUGGGCUGUGAUCUGUCCAUGGCUUCCAAGAACAUCGGCCACCCUGGGCAAGAGCCCCUGGUGUUGCCUGAAGUCCUUGCCAACUUGAACUCUGUCAUGUGUGUGGAGGGCGAAGCUGGCAGCGGAAAGACAGUCUUCCUGAAGAAAAUCGCCUUUUUAUGGGCCUCGGGAUGCUGUCCCUUGUUAAACAGGUUCCAGCUGGUCUUCUACCUCUCUCUCAGUUCCACCAGCCCGGACCAGGGACUGGCCAGCCUCAUUUGUGACCAACUCCUAGAGAAAGAGGGAUGUGUCACUGAAACCUGCAUGAGGAAUAUCCUCCAGGAGUUGAAGAAUCAGGUGUUGUUCCUUGUAGAUGACUACAAAGAAAUGUGUUUAGUUCCCCAAGUCAUAGGAAAACUGAUUCAAAAAAACUUCUCAUCGCGGACCUGCUUGUUGAUUGCUGUUCGAACAAACAGGACCAGGGACAUCCGCCGAUACCUCAAUACAGUCCUAGAGAUCCAAGCAUUUCCUUUCUACAAUACUGUCUACAUAUUACGAAAGCUCUUUUCAGAUAAUGUAACCCGUCUGCGCAAGCUUAUGGUUCACUUUGGAAAGAACGAACACUUGCAAGGAAUUCAGAAAACGCCCCUCUUUGUGGCGGCAGUCUGUGCUCACUGGUGUCAGUGUCCGUUCGACCUGUCCUUUGAUGAUGUGGCCGUUUUCCGAUUGUACAUUCAGUGCCUUUUCUUAAGGCACCAAACGACAGCAGAACUGCUCAGAGCAACCGUGUCCUCCUGUGGGGCGCUGGCCUUGAAAGGGCUUUUCUCGUCUUGCUUUGAGUUCAGUGGUGAUGACCUCACAAACGCAGGGGUUGACGAGGAUGAAGAACUAACCACGUACCUGAUGAGCAAAUUCACAGCCCAGAGACUGAGACCAGUCUACCGGUUCUUAAAUCCUGCAUUCCAAGAAUUUCUUGCUGGGAUGAGGCUGAUUGAACUCCUGGAUUCAGAUGGGCAGGAAGACCAAGAUUUGGGACUGUCUUAUUUGAGACGAAUCAGCUCAUCCAUAGUGGCUAUGAGCACCUAUGGUGAUUUUUUAAAUUAUGUCUCCCGCUACCCUUCGGCAAAGUCAGGGCCCCAGAUUGUAUCUCAUUUGCUUCGUUUGGCGGAGAAGAAAGAGCCGUUGGAGAGUAUGUCUGAGAAGGUUGACCCCUCAAAGAACCAUCUGGGAAGUUCCCUGAACACGGAAGCAAUUCGAGUAUUGUGGGAAAUGGCUCCACAAGCUUGCUUUUCGAUGGUUUCAGAAGAAAUCCUGGCUCUGGCCCUGAAAAUUGCUUACCGAAGCAACAGCACCCCUGCAUGCUCUCCGUUUAUUUUGCACUUCCUUCAAGGGAGAACACUGUCUUUGAUGACACUUAAGUCCCAGUACUUUUUUGACCACCCAGAAAGCCUGCUCCUGCUGAAAAGCAUCAAAGUCUUGAUAAGAGGAAAUAAAGUACCACACAUGCAACGUUUAUCAGAGGUAGCAGGUUGGGACAUAUCACCGGCGCCCACCGUGGAUCAGGAUUAUGCUUCUGCCUUUGUGGCUAUGAAUGAAUGGGAGCAAAAUUUAGCCGAAAAAGAGGCUAUGCAUCAGAGGUUUUACAACAUUGAACGCCGGGCACCACCGGACAUCAGUACUGGCUACUGGAGACUCUCUCCAAAGCCUCACAAGCUUCCCUGCCUGGAAGUGCAUGUGUCUCAUGUGAACGGUGUCGACCAGGAGAUGCUCAGGGUUCUCACGGAAGUUUUCCCAGCUUCACAGCACAUCGAACUCCAUUUAUUCUCCAGCGGAGGCUUUCUUGAAAGCAUUCGUCCGGCUCUGGAGUUGUGUAAGGCCUCUGUCACCAAGUGCUCCAUACACACAUUUGAAGAACUCAGUGUCUCAGAGCACGAAUUGCUUGUCACCCUGUCUUCCUUGGAAUCUCUUGAAAUCUCAGGGAGACUUCAGUCACAAGAACAACUCUUUCCUAAUUUGGAUAAGUUCCUGUGCCUGAGAGAACUGUCUGUGACUUUGUAUGACCAAGUAAAUGAUUAUUUAGUCCUUCCUGAAGGAUUUCCAAACUUCCACCAUAUGGAGAAAUUAUUAAUCAAUAUUAAAUCCAAGUAUGAUUCUUCCAAAUUAGUCAAAUUGAUUCAGAAUUCUCCAAACCUUCAUACCUUCCAUCUGGAAUGUAAUUUCCUUUCGGAUUUUAAGUCUCUCAUGACUGUACUAGCUUCCUGCAAAAAACUCAAAGAACUUAAUUUUUCUGGACAUUGCUUUGACGCCAACCCAUUCGUUGCCGUUUUGCCAAAUUUCAUUUCUCUGAAGGUCUUAAAUCUUGAAUACCAAUACAUUCCUGGUGAGGAAACAGCUGAAAAAUUUGCCCACAUUCUAGGUUCCCUUCAUAACCUGGAAGAACUGAGCCUGCCUUCAGGGGACGGAAUCCGCCGCGUGGCCAAACUGAUCAUCCAGCAGUGUCACCAGCUUCCGUGUCUCCGAGUCCUCUUGUUCAUCAGGACUUUGACUGAUGACAGCGUGAUGGAAAUUGCCAAGGCAGCAGCCCGUGGAGACUUCCAGAAACUUGAGAAAUUAAAUCUUUCGCUCAAUCACGAGGUUACAGAGGAAGGAUACAGAAAUUUCUUUCAAAUACUGGACAACCUGCCAAACCUGCAGGAGUUGAGUAUCUCCAGGCUUUUCACCGAAUGUACCAAAGCUCAGGCCGUGACAGUCAAGGCUUUGAGUCAGUGUGUGUUGCGACUGCCCAGCCUCACCUGCCUCAGCAUGUUAGGUUGGCUCCUCGAUGCAGACGAUAUUGGACUGCUUGAGGCCACGAAAGAAAGACAUCCUCAGUCUAAGCACUUACUGAUUCUCUGGAAAUGGAUACUGCCGUUCUCUCCAAUCAUACAGAAAUAAAAGAUUCGGUGAAAAA